AAAUCGAGGUAUCCGGGAAUUAAAAUAUCAGCUAGCAAGUAUGUAUGUACCUUCAAUAAAAGAUGAAAAAGAAACGAAGAGAAAAGAAGAAAAGUUUUGGUAAGGAUCGGUGUUACUGAAUUCGGUGUUCGAUUAUACUGUCAAUUAUAAUCAGCUCACCUAAUAGAGUUGAAUCGCUUCCCCGAUUCGAACAUGGCGAUUUCCAGGCGAUUGCUUGCUUUGCUCGUAGCUGUAUUCUGCACAAUCUGGUUGGGCGAAUCGAGUAGCGACACGAACCGCGUGUUCUCACCGUGCGGCGAUGCGGCGGUGCAGAAAUCCGAUGGUUUCACCUUCGGAAUCGCCUUCGCCGCCAGAAACUCCUUCUUCAACACCUCCGUCCAGUUGUCUCCCUGCGACCGCCGCCUCGGGCUUUCCUCCAGCGCUCAGCUCGCGGUUUUCCGCCCUAAAGUCGACGAGAUCUCGCUCCUCACAGUCAACACCUCCAGCUUCUUACCGGAUUCUGUAGGAGGUUAUAUGGUAGCAUUUGCUGGCCGGAAGUAUGCUGCAAGGUCCAUUCCUGCCUUUGUUGCGAAUACUUCAUAUAUCGUGACCAGUUUCACUCUGGUUCACGAAUUUAAAAAGGGGAGGCUUCAAAACUUAUACUGGAAAAGAGAUGGCUGCGCUUCAUGCUCAGGAAAAUCGAACUUCGUCUGCCUCAACAAUCAAGACUGUGCCAUCAGAACUAACAGCUGCAAGAACAGAGGGGGAGCUGUAGAUUGCAGCAUCGGGAUUCAAGUGGCGUUCUCUGGCACAGACAAGCACGAAUCAGUUUUCAACUCGUGGUAUGAGGUUAAGAACCUCCGUCAAUAUUCUCUGUUCGGCCUCUAUUCCAAUCUCAGGGACUCUCUCACUAGUCAGUACAACAGUUUCUUCUAAUUGUGGCGCUUCAAAAUGCUUGUACAUUUUCUUGUUGUAAUUCUGCGUUUAAGUGUGUCGAUUAAACUUCGCGGCUCUCUUCCCCCCCUGGAUUUCGUGUUUGUAAAUCUAGUAUUGUCUUCUGGUAAAAUUAUUCAUUUUGAUGUUCA